UCGUAUACGACCGACGAUCUGGUGUUUGAUUGGGAGACCGAAACACCUCUGGCUGUCGACGAGUCCAUUGAAUUGCCUCAACACGACCUCAUCGACAAACACGUCGGCGACUGCACUCAAGUCUAUUCCUCAGGAAACUUCACUUGUGUUCAGGUGUUGUUUACAAUAAAAAGGAGACUGGUUAUAACU